ACCCUAUCCUUGCCCGCUACUUUCUAUAAAUGGCAGCCCGCUUGCCCCCGUUGCCUCUCCGUGUUUACUUCCUCUCGCCUUACUGCUGCUCCUCCAGUAUCAGUUUGUCUUUCUUUUUAGUUGCUUUGCUUGUUAUAAACUUAUAGACAUGACAACCAUGCCUGCUGUUAAUACUCGUCUGGCCUCGAUCUCAGACGUGGCCCGCGCGACUCCCUCUCCCCAGCCUACGCAUCUCUCGGUUCCCGGAUCAGCUCCGGCCUACCGCCAUCCCGAGUCUGACAGAGUGGACUCUGCAAUCAUCGGUGGACCGCAUGUUAUCAAGGAGUCUCCUUUUUACGUCGCGAAGCCGUUCGCGGGCAAAGAGGCCCAGAUGGAAGAAGUCAUGGAUGAGCUUGACAGUCGAGGAUUUAUUCCAGACUCUUUGAUCCAGGACGAAACCAAGUGGUUCUACAACACUCUUGGCAUUGAUGACCAAUAUUUCGCAACCGAGUCCGUGGACAACAUCGCCAACCAUAUUCUUUCUAUUUACGGUGCCAAGGUUGCUGCCUUUGCCAGACAGGACCACAAGUUUGAGCUCCGUCUAGACCGCGAGGACGAGGACCGUGCUGUCUACAUCGACACCAGUGUGCCGGGAAUCGCUAACCUUCGCGGUCCUCAGUAUGAAGAGCGCAUUGACACAAAGUACCUUAAUGGCUCGGCUCCUGCGCGGGCCUACAGACUUGAGACCUUUCGCUCAAUUACGCGUCCUGUCGACAAUGUAGCGGAGGAGGAGCCCCAGCAGUUCCGCUGCUACUUUGUCUACAAGUGCGAUUUCCCUGAGGGCGAUGUCUCCGAGGACGAGACCGACAUGCUGAAGAUCUCAGACAAGCGAUUUUACGAGAAGGCGUCUGAAAACACAAAGAAUAUUUACAAGUCGGUGAUUGAGCUCGCUACUAGCAAGACUUCCGGUCCCGUGAUUGACAUGUACGAGAUUGAAGGCUCGCGCGAGCGUCGUCUCGUUAUUGCCUAUCGUCAGGGUUCGGCUAGCAACUACUUCUCUGCGCUCUCUGAUCUUUAUCAUUACUAUGGCCUGACUUCUACGCGCAAGUACGUCGAGCAGUUCAAGAAUGGUGUCUCGGUUAUGUGUGUGUACCUGUCACCCUCUCCAAAGUCGUCAAAGUUCCCACCGAUCGAGCAUUCUAUUCACCAGGUCAUCAAGGAAGCAUCUUUGCUGUACUGUCUCCCGCAGAACAUCUAUCGGCCGCUGUUUGCUCAGGGCGAGCUGAGUCUUCAGGAGUCGAUCUACGCUCAUUGUGUGACGAUCUUUGUGACCCAUUUCCUUAAUCGUCUGGGCCCAGAGUACUCCUCUCUGGUUUCGAUCCUCGACGAUGGAAAUUCUGCACACCAGGAGGUUAUUGGUAAAAUUAAGCGAAGAUUGCGCCAGGAGACGUUCACGCGUGACUACAUCUUUGACAUCAUUUCGUCACAGUUGGAGCUUGUGCGCCAGUUUUAUCUCUCCUUUGCAAGCACGCACUAUGUGCCCGCGGUGGGCGAGGACGCAAGUUUCCUCCCGACGUUGUCGUACCAGCGACUAAAGUCUAGCACCGUGCUGUCUGAUGACGCGCUGUCAAAGCUGGUGAAGCGCAAUGCGGCGAACGAUCACCAUGUGCUGGUCAUGGAGGCGUUUCACUUGUUCAACAAGCAUGUCUUGCGUACGAAUUUCUACACGCCGACUAAGGUUGCUCUUUCGUUCAGACUUGACCCUGGAUUUUUGCCCAAGCUCGAGUAUCCCCAGCCUUUGUUUGGAAUGUUUUUGUGCGUCGGACAGGAGUUCCGUGGAUUCCAUCUUCGAUUCAGAGAUAUUGCACGUGGCGGUAUCAGAAUCGUGAAGAGUCGAAGCCAGGAAGGGUACAAUUUGAACGCGCGUACUCUGUUUGACGAAAACUACAAUUUGGCAAACACCCAGCAGAGAAAGAAUAAGGAUAUCCCCGAAGGCGGAUCAAAGGGAGUGAUCUUGCUUGACUAUGAGCACCAGGACAAAGCUACGGUUGCGUUCCAAAAGUAUAUCGACGCAGUGCUUGACUUGCUUCUUCCUGGGGAUAUUCCGGGAGUGAAGAACAAGAUUGUGGACUUGUACAAGAAAGAAGAGAUUAUCUUCAUGGGACCGGAUGAGAACACGGCCGGGCUUGUUGACUGGGCGACGUUGCAUGCGCGCGAGCGCAAGGCGCCGUGGUGGAAGUCGUUCUUUACAGGCAAGUCGCCAGAGCUUGGAGGAAUUCCGCACGACGAGUACGGCAUGACGAGUUUGUCAGUUCGCGAGUAUGUCACGGGAAUCUAUCGCAAGGUAGGAAUUUCCGGCUCGGAAGUGCGAAAGCUGCAGACAGGAGGUCCUGAUGGCGAUUUGGGAUCGAAUGAGAUUCUGCUUUCGAAUGAGAAAUAUGUUGCGAUUGUGGAUGGUUCAGGCGUGCUUCAUGACACUAACGGGAUUGAUCGCGAUGAGCUGUUGAGACUUGCCAAGGAGCGCAAGAUGAUUUCUGAUUUUGAUGUCAGCAAGCUGAGUGCGGAAGGGUACCGGGUUCUGGUUGACGAGAAGGAUGUUGUGCUGCCGAGCGGUGAGGUGGUCGAGAACGGGACGACGUUCCGUAAUCUGUUUCACCUUCGAUCAGGAGCUUUGGAUCAGAUCCAGAUGUUUGUGCCAUGCGGUGGAAGACCCGAGGCGAUUGACGCUAACAGCGUCGGUUCGCUGAUUAGGGACGGCAAGUCGACGAUCCCGUAUAUUGUCGAAGGCGCGAAUCUGUUUUUGACGCAGGAGGCCAAGCUCAAGCUCGAGGCGGCGGGGACGAUUAUUUUCAAGGAUGCGUCGGCAAAUAAGGGCGGAGUUACGUCUUCGUCGCUCGAAGUUUUGGCGUCACUUGCGUUUGACGACGAAGGGUUUUAUGAGAAUAUGUGCGUCUCGGAUGGUAAGGUGCCAGAGUUUUAUACAAAGUACGUGGCGGAGGUGCAGGAGAUCAUCAAGAAGAACGCGUAUCUGGAAUUCGAGGCCCUCUGGCGCGAGCACGAGUUGACAGGAAAGCCGCGGUCUGUACUCUCAGACGAGCUCUCGAACGCAAUCACCAACCUGACGGAGGAGCUUCAAAACUCCAGUCUUUGGCAGGACACUGAGUUCCGCGACAUGGUUCUGAGCGAGGCGCUGCCUAAUCUGCUGAUGAAGAAGAUUGGGCUUGAGAAGAUCCUGGAGCGGGUGCCGGUCGCGUACUUGAAGGCGAUCUUUGGAUCAUACCUUGCCGGACGGUUUGUGUAUGAGAAGGGCGUGAGUCCGGGACAGUUUGCGUUUUUCGAGUUUAUGAUUCAGAAGAGACAGGGCGUGGUGGUGAAGUAGUGUGCUUUUAAAAGCAGCCUGGUUGUCUUUGUCUUUUAUUCUUUGCCGUUCUGUUUGAUUUUCACUUCAGCUUCUGUUUACAGCUGACUACUUGCUGAGACUGUCUUCUACCGAAGAUUUGUCGUCGAUAACUAUAGUAAUUUACAAAGAUGGUUGAAUAUCGUUAAUAAUACAUUACAUAACCCAAGA